CCGACAGAUUUCAGUAGGCCGAGCCGCAGCUACAGGCAACAUUAAAAAAAAACGGGAAAGAAAAAAAUCCCAGAUUAACAAAUUUUGUCCCGGAGAAUCCUCAUCCAUCCUUUUAGAUUUUAACAGCAGGUGGAAAUAUUUCUAAAUAUCUGAUAUAAAUUGAACGCGACACGUUGAUUCGAAACAGACGGUACAGAGGAAGAGGCGCAGAGAAAAAUUUCCAUACUCGAUGACAUUUCAUCGCAAUGUCAGAUCGUUUGGGGCAAAUAACCAAGUCCAAGGAUGGGAAAAGCAAGUAUUCCUCGCUCAGCCUAUUUGACAAGUACAAGGGAAAGUCAAUAGAAACUCAGAAAACCACAGUUGUUGCUCGACAUGGCUUACAGAGUCUUGGUAAAGUGGCCGCUGCCCGGCGCAUGCCCCCGCCUGCUCACCUGCCGAGCCUGAAGUCUGAGAACAGAGGAAACGAUCCAAACGUGAUUAUUGUGCCCAAAGACGGAACAGGAUGGGCGAACAAGCAGGAACAACCCGAUCAAAAGAGUUCCGUUGUGUUGACAGCACAGCCGCCGGAGUUGCAGCAGCCGCUGCCUUUGCAGAAAUCCGUCUCCAAUCUUCAGAAGCCUACAGUGGCAGCCAGCCAGGAGAGCACAAGCACCGGUGGACCAAAGCAAUGGGCACAACUAAAUGGAAAGGCACUAGAUCAAGAUGGUUUAAGGGUCUCAAACCGACUGCAGCCCUUCUCUCACGAGGAAUUUCCGACGCUGAAAGCAGCAGGAGAACAGGACAAGGCUGGCAAGGAAAAAAGCGCCUUCGAUCCGUCGUAUGGGCCAGGACCAAGCCUCCGCCCUCAGAACGUGACCAGCUGGAGGGAGGGUGGAGGGAGGUACCUGCAGCCCCCAUCUCUGUCCUCAGCCCUCUCCUCUGAUACAGAGGGCAAAACCAGUGCCUCUCCUGAGGCUACCAGUCCUCUUCCUCCUCCAUCCUCAUCUUCCACCUCCACUUCUUCCUCUUCCACCAACGCCGCCCCCGCGACGUCUCCUGACCCAAAGGACCCUUCUCUUCGACUGGCACCACCCACUCGUCGACCAACACCUGGGCUGCAGUAUCAGCUCCAUCACUCCUCCACCACCACCUAUCAUGACAUGCUGCCUGCCUUUAUGUGUCCCAAGGAGACUCGUGAUGGCCCGGGUUCUUCCGAGCACGGCUCUGCUGCUGCUGUUGUUGCCCCUAUGCGCUUUGAUGCUCGACCCACGUUUAGACCCACUUAUCCUCCUCCUGAGCCAACCAACGGAGACGUAAGGAGAGAGAAUCGUUUUGCCCGGGUCCCAUCUCGUCCCUCUCCCCGGCCAAUUCGGCGUCCUGGAGACCGGCCUUCCCGUCCUGCCAUCAUCAACCCAGACGAUCUGAAAGACCUGGACGACCUGGACAAUGACUGCGAGGACGGAUGGGCAGGUCUUCAUGAGGAGGUGGAUUACAGUGAGAAGCUCAAAUUCAGUGACGAUGAAGAGGAUCAUUCCCCCAGUGAGAAGAGCAAGAUCUGGGGAGAGUGGGAGUCUCGUCGUGACCGCCAGUCAUCCAUGAGCUCGGAUGGUCAGGAGGACACGUACCAUCACCAGCACGAUCCUUUGCCUUCCAGAAAAGCCAACAGCAGAUACGGCUCCACAGAGUCGCAGCCACAGCAGAAGAGCAGCGGCGUGAGUGAGUCUGUGGAGGAACAGGAUGAGCAUCAGCGUUCUGCUCCUCUUCCUCCUCGGGGAAAAUUCAUCUCUCCGGACGUCUCUGAGGCCGUGGAAAGGGCACGUCGAAGGCGUGAGGAGGAGGAGAGGCGUGCGCGAGAGGAGAGACUGGCUGCUUGUGCUGAGAAACUCAAGAAACUGGACGAGAAAUUCGGCAAAAUCGAGAGACCAGCACACCCUGGAGACGCGCAUGGAGCAGAAAGUAAGGAGCUUUUGCUGUCACCUGGGAGAGAGAUAGGAAAACCUCAUCAGGAAGCCUGGCAGCAUGGAAAUAAAGAUGUUUCCGAGCAGAAAUCCGACUCGCUUCACAGCCAGGAUUACAGAGAUGAUUUCAGCUACAGGAGCGAGGACGAUGGUCCUGACUACCCUCAACGGCACCAGAAAGCUGUUCCCCCACGCUUCCAAAAGCAGCAGCAGCAGCAGGAUCAGGUGUAUAAGAUGCAGCAGUGGCAGCAGUCAGGCUCCGGUCCAUCUCAGAGAGGCUAUUACCCCCCUCACGUGCUUGGCUUUGACCCCCGCUGGAUGAUGAUGCCCCCUUACAUGGACCCACGCAUGACCCAGGGGCGCUCGACAGUCGAUUAUUAUACUUCUAACGUCCAUUCUUCUGGGAAGUCAGCCGUGCAGCAGGACCGCCUCAACAGCCCUGGGUCUGCGUCAGACGAGGGCUGCCAUCCCAGCAUGCACCAAGAAAAGAGAGCACUCUCUGAGUCAUACUCAGUUUGGUGCCAAGAUGGCUACCCACCAGCACGCAGUUUCACCCCACCUUACCAGAGACAGCACGAGAGUGCUGAGAGGAGUCAGGCAGAUGACAGGAGCGAUCGGUCAUGUUCUCAGCAGGACUUGUAUGAGGAUAGAGGGUUAGAACGGUGUGAAAGUCCUUCAGAAGAUCUCCUCCAUCAGAGCUACCGCCCAAGUAGAGGAUCCGAUAUAUCUCUUGGUUCACAGCGAGACGAAGACACGCCUCAGCCACCAGGACACAGUGAGUACUUAAAACCCGAGCACCAGAAGGAUGCUUCCUCUAACCGGCACCAGAGAGACAAUCUGGAUUCUCGUGAUGAAGCGUGUGAGGGUAAGGAGAAAAGUUUUGACUCUGGUUUCUGGAGGAAAGACGACUCUCUGAAGAAAGAUAAAGACGUCGUGCAGUGGUCCGAUCCAGGGUCUAGCAGUAGCAGUGGGGUCGGCCAACCGUCCGAAACGAUUGGCAGAACCCUCAGGAGGACGGGUCCUAUCAAGAAACCGGUGCUCAAGGCCCUAAAAGUGGAGGACAAGGAGAACGAGAAACCCAAAUCUGAACCAGAGGAGAAGCCUGUUCCAUACAGACUUGAGAAGGAAGUCCUUACCAAUGUCUAUGACCUGAAAAAGGACAACCAGCCUUCAAUCAGCAGGCAUCCAGCUCCCCCAGUGGCCUCUCACGAGGAUAAACAAUCUUCUCGUCAAAAAAUCGAGAAAUCGAGCAACCUGAAUGAAGAAUCCAGCAAGGAGAAUGGCUGGGAUGGCAGUAAUUCCCAGGUGAAGGAGAACUCUGAAAGCAGAGAACCUCCAGCGCCUCGUCGCAACAACUGGAUCUUUAUCGAUGAAGAGCAGGCGUUUGCUGGAGCCAGAGGGGCAGGGCGAGGUCGAGGCAGAGGUUUCAGAGAGUUUAACUCGCGGGGUGGAGGCCGAGGAGGGCGCAGCGACAACAAUAGGGGUGUGUACAACACCGGAAAUAUCCAGCGAACAGGCCGGGGUCGAGGGUCGAGGGAUUUUGUCAAAACUGAGGAUUUGCAAAGAGGCAAACCACGAAGACGGAAUGUGAGCGAGACUCUGAGCGAGGCCUCAGAAUAUGAAGAGCUGCCUAAACGGCGCCGCCAGAAAAACGGAGAGAACGGAGAAGCUGCUUAUUCCACUUCUGGAGAUACUAAAAGGGCAGAUAGGGAUUCAUGGCGUUCUAAUAAGAUUUACAAUAACGAUCAGAGCACUAGUGUAGAAGUGAGGGAAAAACCCUCAAAGAUGAGAAGUUUCGGACGCUCCCUUCCUCCACGCCUGAACACAGGAUAUAACCGUGGGUUUGGAUCAAAAGAUUUUUCCACUUGGAGGGGAAGAGGGAACCAGUUUGCAAGCGGAUCCAUUCAGGAGAACGGCUACAACUUUACAGGCGACUCCUUCUCUAGAAAAUCUGCAGAAGGUGACUCUCUUAAAUAUCCUCCAAAGUUUGCUUCGUCUUUUGAGAAUGGAGUCGAAGAUCGGGAAGGAGACUACCAUUUAGACAACGAUAAUUCUGAUAACCGGCCACUGAGAAGGCGACGCCCUCCCCGCCAAGACAAACCUCCGCGAUUUAGACGUCUACGCCAGGAACGAGAAACCGGAGGGCAGUGGAACAGUGAUGAGUACGUCAACGGGGAUUUCACAAAUCCUUGGUCAGGUCGAUCCAAAACGGGAGAAGACCAUUGGCCUGGUCAGUAUUCUGGAAAUAGGCAGCAGGAUUUCCUGCCUCAGGGUGAGGACUGGGAGACUGGCUCAGAAAACAGUGACUUGAAUGACUGGAGAGAGAAACGUGGCGAUGCACCUGUGGAACCAGGCCAUGGAGAGCCAGGCUCUGAGAAACGAGAGCUCUCCAAGAGAAGUUUCUCUAGCCAGCGCCCUCUGGUGGACAGACAGAAUCGUAAGAGUGACAUUUUGGAGAGCACGAAGAUGCCUCGAUCCACAGACACUCCAUCUAGCGGUGGUUCAUCUAACCGAAACGACGGGUGGCAGAACGGAGUAGCGACCAACUGCAGACGGAGUUCUGAGGACACCGCUUCGGGCUUGAAUGCAGGGCCGGUGUAUGGUGUGGAGCAGACAGAAGACGCCCUGUCCACCAGCAAUACUGAAGCUUCGGGGAAGAAGCUGGAGAAAGAUCUAAAGCCGAGGAGCAUGAAGGGAGACAUAUCUGAGCCUCUUUCACAAUACGACAUCAACAGCUAUCCAAUUGAAAGCGAUUCAAGAGUCUCAAUUCCGAGUCCUGACGGAUUCCAGGAUGCCCUCGCCAAAAAACAGCGGCGUCCACAGGAAGACGAGCGAAGGAGGAAGGAGCAAGGAGCGCCUGUAACGGUAAAGAACAGAGCAAUCACUUCAAAAAUGCCUCCUCGUUUCGCCAAGAAGCAGGGCGGUAUCUCCAUCGAGCAGCCCGAUGAAACGCUCUCAAGCAAUAACCUUGGCACUGAGAUCUGGGAGACCAACAGCACAGCUCUUGCAGUUCAGUCGUCUGGUGGAGACUCGUGGACAAAGCAGGUUUCAUACACCGGGAGUGAACCAAAUUCAGAGGAUUCAGAUGCAGGACCAGAGCAGAGCAAAGAGCACAAACCGGGACCUAUCGGAAAUGAGCGCUCCCUGAAGAACCGCAAGGGUUCUGAGGGAGUAGAGCGUCUGGAAGGCCCCAUCACUCCCGUUAACGGAGUGGACAUCCAUGUUGAAAACGUCCUCCCCGUCCCACCCAUCGAGUUCGGAGUCAGUGCCAAGGACUCGGACUUUAGCCUCCCUCCAGGAUCGGCACCGGUGGCCGUGUCCAACCCGGUCACCAAACUGCAGGAUGCUCUUGCCAGCAAUGCUGGCCUUGCUCAGGGUAUUCCUAUGCUGCGCAGAGAUCACCUGCAGCCUGGCAUAAACCUCAAUCCCAUUUCCUUCCCCACCACUGACCUCACACUCAAGAUGGAGUCUGCUCGUAAAGCCUGGGAGAACUCUCAGUCCCUCCCUGAGCAGGGUUCUCCAGGCGGCGCCGGGUCAGUCACUCAGCCCCCCUGCAGCUCAUCCAGUGCAGUCAGCUACAGCUCUUUUGGAGGUGUCUCCAUGCCUCCUAUGCCUGUAGCCUCUGUCGCUCCCUCCGUCUCCAUGCAAGGUAAUCACAUCCCACCUCUGUACCUGGAUGGCCACGUGUUUCCAAGCCAGCCUCGUUUGGUGCCUCCAACAAUGACUCAGCAACAGAGCUACCCUCAGGCUGCAGCUGCUCAGCAGAUCCCCAUCUCCCUCCACACAUCUCUGCAGGCUCAGGCUCAGCUGGGACUCCGGGGUGGUCUGCCCGUCUCUCAGUCCCAGGAGAUGUUCAACUCAAUCCCUACUUUCCGGUCACAGGUGUACAUGCAGCCCAGCCUCUCCCACCCGAGUGCGAUGGUGCUUUCUGGAGCAGCCCCUCUCAAAGGGCCAUACUCGGCAUUCCCCGGCAUGCAGCCUUCGGAGAUGGUGAAGCCACAAUCCGGCUCACACUUCCAGCCGAUUAACGGCAGCCAGGCCCUGGUUUACGACAGCGCCAUCAACCAGGCUGCAGGAAUGGGCACGUCUCAGCUCAUGGACUCGCAGCUCAUUCAGGUGACGGUGCCUUUACCUGGCUCUCAGCUGCGUUACGGCUCGGCCCAGCAGCACCUGAUCCUCCCGCAGUCCAUCCAGCUCCAGCAGGGACAGAACCUGUCCGUCGGUGCCCCACGCCGCAUCAUCCCCCCUGCAUCCCAGCCGCCUGUCAUCGCGGCCAGCCGAGAGCCAUCUCAGCUGGAGAUGAAAGGAUUUCAAUUUCCUGAUAAAACCAGCCACUCACCUGGGAUACCUGGUGGCUCGUACAGACCAGGUUCAGCCAGCCCCAGUGGGAAGCCGUCGGGCCCCGGUGCCCCCCCGAAUGUCGGCCCGCUCCCCGGACAUUACACUCAACAGGUGCCCCCUCCACAGGGCAACAUGGUGAUGCACAUGCGUACCCCUACCAGCGGGCCUUUCCCAAACCCCAUCCAGAGACCUGUAAUGCAGGUAAACAAGGCUGUAAUUAUGCACUCUACCCCUUACACGAGCCCAGGCCGCGAUCCUACCCACUCCACUCCCCCUACCAACCCGGAGCCCCCUAACAAGGGUGCAGAGGAGGGCACGAAGGUCCUUCGUGAGGCUCGGCAGGUUGUAUCCGAUCUGAAAGUGUCCUCUUCCUCAUCUGUAAUUCCUGGGAAACUGCAGGAGGCCGCUGUAGUUGGACCGGGGAAGCCGAACCGCACCGGAGCCAUUAAACCACAGAGCGUUAAAGUGGAGGAGAGCAAGGCCUGAUAAUGGAGCUGAUGCAUCCUUCACUUCAUCAUGUGGAGGCUCUGAGCUAGAACCAAGGACUCUCUCUCUCUCUCUUUCUCUCUCUCUCUCUCUCUCUCUCUCUCUCUCUCUCUCUCUAUUUCUCACUCAUUAGUUUGUUUGUCAUUUGUCCUUCAUCCGUCACUGGACCACCACAGACUGAACCAUAGGAGCACCAGAACGGGACACUUCCUGCUAAAGCACCGUAUAGAGAGAUAUAUCUAAAUAUAUCUAUAUAUAAAAAUGUAUUACUUAUAUUAUUUAUAUAUAUAUAUAUAUAUAUAUAUAUAUAUAUAUAUAUAUAUAUAUAUAUAUAUUACACAUACACACACAGACGUGAUAGCUUGGGACUCUUCUAAGCAGACUCUCUUCAAGAUCCUCGUUAUUUAUUUUCCAUUUCAAGAAGAAUGAUUUAAAAAAAAAAAAGAAGAAAAAAGAAACCCUCAUGGUGAGUUGUUUUGUCACCCCGCCCCCUUCGCCAAAAUCGCCCCACCAGCGGGGUCGAGCUGUAGUUUUCUGAGCAGCGUGACUGAGGAUUGAUGAACGUGUCUUGAUGAACUGCAGUGUGUCAUUUUUACUGGAAACCAUGACAUUUUAGCCUUUUUUUUUUUUUUUUUUUUUUUUUUUAAAUAAAUAUAUGAAAUAUCCUAAUCAGCGCCUUUUUGCUCUGUUAUGAAAGGGCACAUUUUACUCAAAUAAAACUGUCACACCCCAUAAUUUGAGGAUUUUUGUUCUAGAUAUCUACUCGUGAAAGACUGAAGCUUUUUGGGGUUUUUUUUUCUUUUUUUUACUUUAUAUUUUUACCUUCCAGUGUGCGAAAAUCCAGUCUUUGACCCUUUUUUGGUUUUUAAAGCACCGUGUCAGCGUUUAAAGGAAUAUAAGUGUGUGUGUGUGAGAGAGAGAUUCAUUAUAUAAUUUUUGAGCUGUUUGAAACACUAAGUGUGUGUGUGUGAGAGGGAGAGAGAGAACAUAGGGCACUUGAACGUUAAAAUGGUGCUUGGAUUUUUUUUUUCCGUGUAGUAUCUGAUCUGUUGCUGUAGGAAUUGGUGAUUAUUUUGUUAAACAAGACCUGAAAUUGUAAAAGAUCAUUUUUUCCUGCCACCCUCUGCCUCUUUCCUACUGAAUCGUGGCUGCAUUAAAGUGUCGAGUCGCUGUUUAAAGGCGAAAAAAGGAAGCAAAGCUGUUUCAGUUUCAAGUUAAAAUAAACUCAGAUCAGGUGUGAAGAGCCUGAAAGAUCAGUUUUAAAUGUUCUCCUGAAGUGAAGUGGGUGUUAGUUUUGUUUAAACCCCAUGCAGUCUUGUUACUCAUCAGAUUUAGUGUGAUAUGGAUAUUGUGCUCAUGUAUCUCUUAGCCCUGAUAGAUGAUCAACAUGAAAGGGGUUAACGCAUUGUCCAGAGGAUUUAAUGGAUUUCACGAGCAACACGGCUUCUCUUUUCAUUUUGUUUAGUUUUUGUUGUAAACACGUGUUGGUGAAACUCGACUGCGCGGUGAAAUACACACACAGUGUUCGAGGAUAUCAGCCGAGCAUCUCCUCAUCCCACAACCACAUGGAAAAUUUAAAAAGGUGCUUUUGGCUGUCAAAAAAAUAAACAAGAACUUUGUGCCGGUGUAAAUAGAGGCUCCUCCUGCCUGCUGUGGAACGUGUGAGGAACGCUUUAAAGACUUUUCCUAUUCCACAAACGGGACGUUGUUCGUUUUGGGGUUUUUUUCCUCCACCUCCUGUUUGAGAAGUGAAUCUGAUCGGCGUACGUCGGACCCACCUCAUUAUCUGUACAGGCUCACGUCUUUUCCUCUGUAAACUCCUCCAGCGUUCCUUUUUUUCCUUUUGCGUAUUUAAGUUCUGUUGUCCGGGCCGCUCCUCGGUUCCUGCAGCCUUUUCUCCUUACAUGUUGUUUAUCCUCUGCUUUCAGAGAUGUAAAACAUAAUUGCUCUUUUUUUCCUCUUGUAUAAUGAACUCAUUGAGAAGGGAAAAAACUGAAAUAAAGCAAACUGCUUUUUCAA